ACUUAUCAAAUCAAAAUUUCGAUUAAGCGAUCCUCAAAACCCCCCCGGCCCCCACCUUGCUUCCGAUACUCUUCUCCUUUCGCUUCCUCAGCGAUUCGAUUGGUUGGCCUUGAACAAGUGAUUCAUUAAUCAGAGAUCGCCAUCUAAACCCCACUCUCUCUAAUCAUGAGGAUGGCUUCAGAAGUGCCUCCCAAGAUCAAAGCUUUCAUCAAUAGCGUCACUGCUGUUCCACUCGACCAAAUUCAAGAGCCCCUUUCCUGUUUUCACUGGGAUUUCGACAAGGGUGACUUCCAUCACUGGGUGGAUCUCUUCAAUCAUUUCGACACAUAUUUUGAAAAGUACCUUAAAGCAAGGAAGGAUCUGCAAGACUUUGUGGAGGAAUCUUCUCCUUCUCCUUCUCUCCCAAAGGAUGCUCUUCUUCAGAUUCUCCGUGUUAUCAGACUUGUCUUUGAUAAUUGCAAAAACAUACAUUUUUAUACUUCUUAUGAGCAGCAUCUUUCUCUUCUCCUUGCAUCUACUGAUGCAGAUGUCCUUGAAGCCUCUCUGCACACGUUGGCUGCCUGUCUGAAGAGGCAAAAUGGAAAAUACUUCAUAAGAGAUGCUUCUCUGAAUUCAAAACUAUUUUCACUUGCGCAAGGCUGGGGUGGAAAAGAGGAAGGUCUUGGCUUGACAUCUUGUGCUACAGAAAACACUUGUGAUCAGCUUUCACACCACCUAGGUUCUACUCUUCAUUUUGAGUUUUAUGCUUCAAGUGACCUUCCGGGCGGUUUACAAGUUAUCCAUGUACCUCAUGUCAGCUUUCGGUCAGAGUCUGACCUCCAACUUCUGAACAAAUUAGUCAUUCAUCAUAACGUUCCUCCCAGUCUAAGGUUCACGUUGUUGACCAGAUUGAGAUUUGCAAGGGCGUUUUCAUCUUUGUCGACCCGGCUGCAGUAUACACGCAUCCGCUUAUAUGCAUUCAUUGUUUUGGUUCAAGCUAGUGGCGACACCCAGAAUCUGGUUUCUUUCUUUAAUGGAGAACCCGAGUUUGUUAAUGAGUUAGUUACACUGGUGAGCUAUGAGGAUACUGUCCCAGAAAAUAUAAGGAUACUCUGCCUGCUUUCCUUGGUUGCAUUAUCGCAAGAUCGAGCUCGGCUGACGACUGUUUUAACUGCACUCACCUCGGGCGGGCGUCGUGGUUUACUGUCUGGCCUUAUGCAGAAAGCUAUUGAUUCCGUUAUUCGUAAAACUUCCAAGUGGUCUCUGGCUUUUGCGGAAGCCUUGUUAUCCCUUGUUACUCUCUUGGUUUCAUCACCGUCUGGAUGGUCAGCCAUGCGAGAAGCUGGUCUUAUUCCAAUUCUAGUGCCUCUCAUCAAAGAUACCGAUCCCCAGCACUUGCAUUUGGUCAGUACCGCUGUGCAUAUAUUAGAAGCCUUAAUGGAUUACAGCAAUCCAGCUGCUGCUUUGUUCAGAGAUUUGGGUGGCUUAGAUGAUACUAUCUUUCGGUUGAAACUGGAAGUCUCUCUUACCGAAGACGAUGUCAACGAAAAAGUUUGCCAUUCAGACAGUAAUGGGAGGGAUUCACAUGUCCUUGGUGAUUCUCUUAAUCGGCCUGAUACUGAACAUCUUCCCUAUUCUGAGGCAUUAAUUUCGUAUCACAGGAGAUUGUUGUUAAAAGCCUUGUUAUGUGUAAUCUCUCUUGGAACUUAUGCUCCUGGUAAUACUAACCUCUAUGGUUCCGAGGAGAGCUUGCUGCCUGAAUGCUUAUGCAUUAUCUUCAAGAGAGCAGAAUAUUUCGGGGGUGGAGUAUUCUCGCUUGCUGCCACUGUCAUGAGCGAUCUCAUUCAUCAAGAUCCAACUUGUUUCAAUGCUUUAGACUCGGCUGGUGUAACUUCUGCCUUUCUUGAUGCUAUCUCUGAUGAGGUCAUCUUCUCUGCGGAAGCCAUUACAUGCAUCCCACAGUCUCUGGAUGCUCUGUGUCUCAACAAUAGCGGUCUUCAAGCUGUCAAGGACCGAAAUGCACUGAGGUGUUUUAUCAAAAUAUUUACUUCUUCGUCUUAUCUGCGGGCUCUUACUGGUGAUACACCUAGUGCUUUGUCAAUUGGGCUUGCUGAACUCCUAAGACACCAAUCUUCGUUGCGCACUUAUGGAGUUGAUAUGUUCAUUGAAAUCCUGAAUUCCAUGUUGAUUAUUGGAUCUGGGAUGGAGGCCUUCACUUCUGUGUCAGCACAUGUGCCUACUGAUGCUUCUACCGCUCCUAUGGAAAUUGACGCUGAUGAGAAGAGCUUGUCCAUUUCGGACGAGGCGGAACCAUCUUCUACUGCUUCUCCAGCAAACACAGAGUUGUUUCUUCCAGAUUGUGUGCGCAAUGUUGCUCGUCUCUUUGAAACAGUUCUUCAGAAUGCAGAAGUAUGUUCCCUAUUUGUUGAGAAGAAAGGAAUUGAUGCUGUUUUGCAGCUACUCUCUUUACCCAUUAUGCCUCUGUCAGCAUCCCUUGGUCAAAGCUUUUCUGUCGCUUUUAAGAACUUCUCCCCUCAGCAUUUGGCUAGUCUAUCCCGGACAGUGUGCUCCUACUUACGAGAACGUCUGAAGGGCACAAAUGAGCUUUUGGGUGCCAUUAAAGGCACUCAGCUUCUUAAACUAGAGUCUGCGGCCCAGAUGACGAUUUUGAGAUCUCUUUCCUGCCUAGAAGGCAUGUUGUCCCUCUCAAACUUUCUGUUGAAAGGAACAUAUUCAAUUAUCGCAGAAUUAAGUGCUGCUGAUGCUGAUGUACUGAAAGAACUUGGUCUAACAUACAAGCAAAUAAUUUGGCAGAUGGCUUUGUCUAGUGAGACCAAGGAAGAUGAGAGAAAUAGUGUUGAUCGAGGACCUGAUAAUUCAAUUUUACCCUCAUCUAGUACUGUUGAAAGAGAGAGUGAUGAGGACUCAAGCAAUGCUUUAGCAGUUAGAUACACAAACCCUGUAUCCAUUAGAAGCAGUACCUCUCAAUCUAUUUGGCGUGGUGGUCGUGAUAUUCUGUCUGUUAUGAGUUCCGUCGAGAGUAUGCAUGGUCGUACACGACAAGCAAUUUCCCGAACGAGGGGUGGGAGAACUCGUCGACACCUGGAGGCUUUUAAUUUUGAUUCUGAAAUUCCACCUGAUUUACCAGGUACGUCAUCUUCCCGUGAGCUGAAAAAGAAAAGCACUGAAGUCCUGACUGCUGAAAUUUUAGACAAGUUGAAUUGUACACUACGUCUUUUUUUCACUGCCCUUGUGAAAGGAUUCACCUCUGCUAACCGUCGCAGAAUUGAUGGAGCACCAUUGAAUUCUGCAUCGAAGACGCUUGGUAAUGUCAUAGCUAAAGUAUUUCUUGAAGCUCUUAACUUUGAUGGGAGCGUUACUGCUGGGCAUGAUAUAUUUCUGUCCGUAAAGUGCCGGUACCUUGGAAAAGUGGUAGAUGACAUGGCUUCCCUGACAUUUGAUACUCGAAGGAAAGUCUGCUUCACAGCUAUGAUAAAUAGUUUUUAUGUCCAUGGAACAUUAAAGCAACUUCUCACCACAUUUGAAGCGACAAGCCAGUUGCUUUGGACAGUGCCGUUUUCUGUUACUGCAUCUGGUACUGAGAUUGAGAAGCCAGGUGAAAGGAACAUAUGGUCUCGCAAGACGUGUCUGGUGGAUACUCUGCAAAUCUAUUGCCGAGCACUGGACUAUUUUGUUAACUCUACAUUUCUGUUAUCUCCAGCCUCCACUUCUCUGACACAGCUUCUUGUUCAGCAAGAGCAAGCUUCAAUUGGUUUGUCGAUUGAACUUCAUCCUGUACCAAGGGAACCUGAGACUUUCGUGCGAAAUCUCCAGUCGCAGGUUCUGGAUGUCAUACUACCUAUAUGGAACCACCCUAUGUUUCCUGUUUGCAAUCCUAAUUUUGUGGCUUCAGUUACCUCCCUUGUUACGCAUAUAUACUCUGGUGUUGUGGAUGCUACGCAAAAUCAAACCCAGGGUUCAAACCAAAGAGCCUUGCCUCUACAGCCUGACGAAACCAUUGUUGGUAUGAUUGUUGAAAUGGGAUUUUCAAGGUCAAGGGCAGAAGACGCGUUACGAAGAGUUGGAACAAACAGUGUCGAAAUGGCUAUGGAGUGGUUGUUUGCCAAUCCUGAGCAUACUGUGCAGGAAGAUGACGAGCUGGCUCAAGCACUUGCAUUAUCUCUUGGCAAUGCAUCUGAAACUCCAAAACCUGUAGAUGUCCCUCUGGAAGAUGCGGAUCCAAAAGAACCAUCUGUUGAUGAAGUUAUUGCUGCAUCGGUGAAGUUAUUUCAAAGUGAUGAUUCUAUGGCUUUCCCAUUGAUGGAUUUGUUUGUAACACUUUGUAGCCGAAACAAAGGGGAAGAUCGGCCGAAAAUUGUGUCGUAUCUUAUUCAGCAACUGAAGCUAGUACAAGUUGAUUUCUCCAAGGAUACUGGUGCUUUGACUAUGCUACCACACAUUCUAGCAUUAGUUCUCUCAGAGGAUGACAACACACGAGAAAUUGCUGCACAGGAUGGAAUUGUGACUGUAGCAAUUGAUAUCUUGACGAAUUUCAAGCUUAAGAAUGAAUCUGAAAGUGAGAUUCUGGCUCCAAAAUGCAUAAGUGCUUUGCUUCUUAUCUUGAGCAUGAUGCUGCAGGCUCGGACAAGAAUCUCGUCUGAAUUUGUGGAAGGAAAUCAUGGUGGAUCUUUGGAGCCGAGCGACUAUCCGCAAGACUCAGCAGCAGCUUUAAAGAAAGUGUUAUCUUCAGAUGUUGCUAAAGGGGAGUCAAACCAGGCUUUGGAAUCAGUUUUUGGAAAAUCUACAGCCUAUCUGACCAUGGAAGAGGGUCAAAAAGCUCUACUAAUCGCCUGUGGCCUCAUAAAGCAGUGUGUUCCAGAAAUGAUCAUGCAGGCUGUUCUUCAGUUAUGUGCACGUCUAACUAAAACUCAUGCUUUAGCUAUCCAGUUUCUGGAAGAUGGAGGUUUAUCAUCACUUUUUAAUCUUCCCAAAAAAUGUCUUUUCCCUGGGUAUGAUACUGUUGCGUCUGUCAUUGUACGUCAUCUGGUUGAAGAUCCACAGACUCUCCAAAUUGCUAUGGAAUCAGAAAUACGACAGACCUUGAGUGGAAAGAGACAAGUAGGUAGGGUAUUACCUCGGACAUUUCUGACAACAAUGGCACCUGUAAUUUCGAGAGAUCCUAUGGUUUUCAUGAAAGCCGUGGCUUCUACCUGUCAGCUGGAGUCAUCAGGAGGGAGGGACUUUGUCAUUCCGUCGAAGGAGAAAGAAAAGCCAAAAGUUUCCAGCAGUGAGCAGGGAUUGUCUCUGAACGAACCCCUUCGAAUAUCCGAAAAUAAGCUUCAUGAUGGGUCAGGGAAAUGUUCGAAAAGCCACAGACGAGUCCCUGCUAACUUCAUCCAAGUCAUCGAUCAGCUUAUUGAUAUUGUCUUAAGUUUUCCUAGGGUGGAGAGGCAGGAAGUUGAUGAGAACAAUUUAAUUGCAAUGGAAGUUGAUGAGCCGGCAGCUAAAGUGAAGGGUAAGUCAAAAGUUGGUGAUCCGGAGGAAGCAGAAUUUGGAUCUGAAGAAUUGGCCAGGGCAACAUUUAUUUUGAAAUUGUUGAGUGAUAUUGUUAUCAUGUACUUGCAUGGUACCAGUGUCAUACUGAGGCGGGAUACAGAAUUAAUAUCUCAGCUUCGGGGAUCCGAUCUACCUGAUAAUUCACCUGGCAGUGGAGGGUUAAUUUACCAUGUCAUUCAUCGAUUACUUCCUAUAUCUCUCGAAAAUUUUGUUGGAUCUGAAGUCUGGAAGGAGAAGUUGUCAGAAAAGGCUUCCUGGUUUCUGGUCGUUUUUUGUAGCCGUUCCAGUGAAGGACGUAGAAGAAUAAUCAGUGAGCUUUCGAGGCUUUUAUCUGUGUUGGCUUCCUUGGGAAAGAGUUCUUCUAGUAAAAGUGUUCUGUUACCUGAUAAAAGAGUUCUUGCUUUUGCUGGCCUGGUUUAUUCGAUAUUAACAAAGAAUUCAUCUUCCAGCAACUUACCUGGUUGUGUUUGCUCACCUGACGUUGCAAAGAGCAUGAUAGAUGGGGGAAUUAUUAAGUGUCUGACCAGCAUUCUUCACGUAAUUGAUCUCGACCACCCUGAUUCUCCAAAGCUUGUCACUCUUAUCCUCAAGUCUCUUGAGACACUGACGAGGGCUGCAAAUACUGCUGAGCAGCUAAAAUCAGAAGGGUCAAACGAGACAAAGGGCACAGAUUCUAAUGAGAGACAUGACAGUCGUGGAACUUCAACUGAGGCUGAAGUGUCCACUUCAACUGAGGCUGAAGUUGAUGAGUCAAACCGAAACAAUAGCAGUCUACAACAAGUAACUGAUGCCGCAGAGAAUGGGCAGGAGCAGCCUCAAAUUUCCUCUCAAAGCGGAGGUGGAAGGGGUUCGAGUCAAACCCAGGCUAUGCCUCAGGAGAUGAGGAUAGAAGGCGAGGAGAUAAUGCUGCCUGAACCUAUUCAGAUGGAUUUCAUGGGAGAAGAGAUUGAACGUGAUCAAAUUGAAAUGAGUUUUCAUGUUGAAAAUAUGGCCGGAGAUGAUGGAGAUGAUGACAUGGGAGACGAAGAGGAUGAUGAGGAAGGAUUUGAUGACAUCGGACCCGAACUGGAGGAUGAUGAGGAUGCAGAUUUAGUGGAAGACGGAGCUGCAGGUGUUAUGGCUCUUUUAGGAACUGAUGUCGAAGACUCUGAAGAUACUCUCGGAGAUGAAUAUAAUAAUGACAUGAUUGAAGAAGAUGAGGAUGAUAUCCACGAGGAUCGUGUAAUAGAGGUGCAGUGGAGGGAAGCUCUUGAUGGGCGAUCUGGUGGUGGAAAUGGAUUUAUUGAUGAUUUUACGACUGAGCCGUUUGAAGGAGUGAAUGUGGGCGAUAUGGUUACUCUGCAGAGACCCUUGGGCUUUGAGCCUAGACGUCAAACAGACAGAAAUUCUUUCCAUCAAUCUGGUUCCGAAGUACAUGGCUUUCAGCAUCCGCUCUUCUCGAGACCUUUGCAAACUGGCAAUACGGCCUCAGUUUCAGCAAGUGCUGGCAGCAAUGAUGUAUCACAGUUUUACAUGUUUGAUACGCCGAUUCUACCAUUUGAUCAAGUACCAAGUAAUCCUUUCAGUGAUCACUUAGGAGCUGGUGGGGUAGCUCCUCCUUUGACUGAUUAUUCUGUAGUGGAUAUGGAUUCAUUAAGAAGAGGGGUUGGUAAUAGUCGGUGGACUGAUAUAGGUCAUCCUCAACCAAGUAGCCAGUCUGCGUCGAUUGCCCAACUGAUAGAAGAACAUUUUAUUUCCAACCUUCGUGCUUCUGCUCCAGCAGAUACUGUUGUCGAAAGGGAAACUAAUAGUACGGAAGUCCAAGAGCAGCAGCAUCCGGACGUGCAUCCAUCUGUUGGAAGCGAAAGCGUUUUGGGGGAUGGUAACGACGGUGGCCAACAAAGUGAAGCGCAUGAAAUGUUGAAUAGCCCACCCGAUGUAACGGCUGGAAGUUUCUCUCAAGCUCGAGCUAAUCCAGCUUCCCCUGAACUUCUGCAGCCUCUUCCUAUGAACAGUACCCCAAAUGAGAUUGACGGAAUGGAAAUUGGGGAAGGUGAUGGAGUACCUAUGGAUCUCGUCUCCACUGCCCAGGGCCUACCUGAUACGUCCAGUAGUCAAAAUGUCUCUGGUACGGGGACGCCAAUUCCAGUAGAUGAUCCCAUUUCCAAUUGUCAACCAAGUGGGGAUGUAGAUAUGAGUAGUGAUGGUGCAGAGGGAAAUCAGAGUGUGGAACCUUCAGUAUUAGCCCGUGAUAACAAUGCGUUCUCAUCCAUGGAAGCUACCCAAGAUGCGAGGAAUGAUGAGCAAGUUGCUGAAGGUAGCUUGGCGUUGGACGGCAGGGCACCCGAAGCGAAUUCCAUAGAUCCUACAUUUCUAGAGGCGCUCCCUGAAGAUCUACGGGCAGAAGUCCUUGCUUCUCAGCAAGCUCAGUCCGUUCAGCCCCCAACUUAUGAACCACCUUCGGUAGAGGACAUAGAUCCUGAAUUUUUAGCAGCGCUUCCCCCAGAUAUCCAAACAGAAGUUCUUGCUCAACAAAGGGUACAAAGGAUGGUACAGCAGUCACAAGGACAGCCAGUUGACAUGGAUAAUGCUUCAAUUAUUGCUACCUUACCUGCUGAUUUACGUGAAGAGGUUCUCUUAACUUCUUCAGAAGCAGUUUUGGCAGCGUUGCCUUCACCUUUACUUGCAGAAGCGCAGAUGCUCAGAGACCGAGCAAUGAGUCACUAUCAGGCUCGUAGUCAUAGUAAUCGAAGGAAUGGUUUGGGUUAUAAUAGGCUGACAGGGAUGAACAGGGUUAUCGGACUCACUAUUGGUCAGAGGGAUAUUUCAUCUUCUGCAGAUGGCUUGAAAGUAAAAGAGAUGGAAGGAGACCCUCUUGUGGAUGCUGAGGCAUUGAAAGCACUAAUUAGGCUACUACGACUUGCACAGCCAUUGGGGAAAGGCCUUCUGCAGAGGCUUCUCUUAAAUCUGUGUGCUCACCGUGUUAUAAGAGCCAACUUGGUUCAACUUCUGUUGGAUUUGAUUAGACCAGAGAUGGAAACAUCACCGAGCGAGUUGGCAAUAAGUAAUCCGCGUAGACUCUAUGGCUGUCAAUCAAAUGUUGUUUAUGGACGAUCCCAACUGUUGAAUGGUCUUCCUCCUUUAGUGUUCCGUCGGGUGCUAGAGGUUUUGACGUAUUUGGCUACCAAUCAUUCGGCUGUUGCUGACAUGUUGUUCUACUUUGAUUCGUCACUUGUGUCCCAGUUCUCAAACCCAAAACCCUCUGUAUGUGAAGGCAAGAAUAAGGAGAAAGUUACUCAUGUGACAGACUCCCGGAAUCAGGAGAUACCUCUGGUUGUCUUCCUAAAACUGCUUAAUCGGCCUCAACUUUUGCAAAGUACAUCACAUCUAGCGCUGGUCACGGGUUUACUGCAAGUAAUUGUCUACACAGCAGCAUCCCGAAUUGAGGGUUGGUCUCCGUCAUCAGGUGUACCUGAGAAAUCAGAAGAGAAUCCAGUUGGUGAAGAAGCUUCAAGUGAAACACGAAAAGAUGCUGAAUCUGAGCAAGUGGAUGAAGCUCAUGAGCUAUCUGUUGCAAGAAACAAGAAUUGUGCUGAUAUAUAUAAAAUAUUCAUGCAGUUGCCACGGUCCGAUCUCUGCAAUCUUUGCCUUCUUCUUGGAUAUGAAGGGUUAUCAGAUAAAAUUUACCUAUUAGCAGGAGAGGUACUUAAAAAGCUGGCUGCCGUAGAUGUGGCUCAUCGGAAGUUUUUCGCGAUAGAACUCUCACAGUUGGCAAGUGGGUUGAGUGACUCAACUGUCCGCGAGCUGGCAACACUAAGCAAUACACAGAAAAUUAGUCACAGUACAGGUUCCAUGGCAGGUGCUUCAAUUCUCCGUGUUCUACAGGUUCUUAGCUCACUAACUUCCAGUAGCAAUCCUGGAAACGAAAAGGAAACAGAACAGGAGGAACAAAACAUUAUGCUGAGACUAAACAUGGCAUUAGAGCCCCUUUGGCAGGAACUUAGCCAGUGUAUCAGCAUGACUGAGUUGCAGCUGGAUCAUACUGCAGCGACAGCAACCGUGUCCAAUGUAAACCCCGGUGAUCAUGCCCUAGGGGUCGCUCCUCCGUCCCCUCUUUCUCCGGGAACUCAGAGGUUCUUACCUCUUAUUGAGGCUUUCUUUGUUCUGUGUGAGAAAAUUCAAACUCCGUCAGUACUACAUCAGGAUCAGGGGAAUGUGACAGCUGGAGAAGUAAAGGAGUCUGUUCUUAGUUUAUCAUCUAAGACCAGUGUAGAUUCUCAGAAGAAAAUUGGUGGCUCCGUUACAUUUGCAAAGUUUGCGGAGAAGCAUAAACGACUUUUGAAUUUAUUUGUUAGGCAAAACCCAAGUUUACUGGAGAAGUCCCUUUCGAUGAUGCUCAAGGCACCAAGGCUGAUUGAUUUUGACAACAAGAAAGCUUACUUCAGGUCAAGGAUAAAGCACCAGCAUGAUCAUCACAUUUCUCGUCCACUGCGUAUCAGUGUCCGCCGAGCUUAUAUGUUGGAAGAUUCAUACAACCAGUUACGUAUGCGCUCCCUACAGGAUCUGAGAGGACGUCUGAAUGUGCAGUUUCAAGGUGAGGAAGGUGUUGAUGCUGGUGGUCUUACAAGAGAAUGGUAUCAGUUACUGUCAAGAGUUAUAUUUGACAAAGGAGCGUUGCUUUUCACUACCGUUGGAAAUGAUGCCACCUUCCAGCCGAAUCCCAACUCUGUUUACCAAAAUGAGCAUCUGUCAUACUUCAAAUUUGUUGGUCGCAUGGUAGCUAAGGCGUUGUUAGAUGGGCAGCUUUUGGAUGUUUAUUUUACGCGCUCCUUCUAUAAACACAUACUUGGUGUGAAGGUAACCUAUCAUGACAUUGAGGCAGUGGAUCCUGAUUACUACAAGAAUUUGAAGUGGCUGUUAGAGAAUGAUGUGAGCGACAUACUCGACCUCACAUUUAGUAUGGACGCAGAUGAGGAAAAACGCAUUCUUUACGAAAAGACCGAGGUGACGGACUGUGAGCUUAAACCUGGAGGAAGAAACAUACGGGUAACAGAGGAAACAAAACAUGAAUAUGUUGACCUUGUGGCCGGACACAUACUUACCAAUGCUAUUCGUCCUCAAAUCAACGCCUUCCUAGAAGGCUUUAACGAGUUGAUACCUCGUGAGCUCGUUUCCAUUUUUAACGAUAAAGAGCUCGAGCUCCUAAUCAGUGGAUUGCCUGAGAUUGACUUCGAUGAUCUUAAAGCAAAUACCGAGUAUAGCAGCUACACGGCUGGAUCCCCUGUGAUUCAUUGGUUCUGGGAGGUGGUUAAAGCUUUUAGCAAGGAAGACAUGGCUAGAUUUCUUCAAUUUGUCACCGGCACAUCAAAGGUUCCUUUAGAAGGUUUCAAGGCACUGCAAGGUAUUUCUGGACCUCAAAGAUUACAAAUCCACAAAGCAUAUGGAAGUCCAGAGCGGCUGCCAUCAGCUCAUACAUGUUUUAACCAACUAGACCUUCCAGAGUAUCCAUCUAAGGAACAACUUAAGGAACGACUGCUACUUGCCAUACACGAAGCCAGUGAAGGUUUCGGGUUUGCUUGAACAAAUCCUUCAUUCUUUCGGCUCUCCUCUGUAUAUAUCUUACGAAGAUUUUCAGGCAGGAUAAGGGAGACGAGAAGAGCUUUUUGAUAAAAAUACUUGUAAAAUGAAUAGAAAACUCGAGUGGUCUUUACUUUUUUUUUAUCUCACCAUAUGGUAAUUUUUUAGUAUUAGAAGACUUUUUUCUUUUCUGGUUUUUGUAAAAAGCAGAAAUCUUUAAAUAGAAGAAGAAAUGCUUUUAAAUUUUUAA